AUGCCUCAGAUGGAUUCUGUGUUGAGAAGACUCUUCUUGUUUGCGUUUAUGGGUGGUGGCGGGGUAUCGUUGGCUGCUUGUAUAUAUUUCUUGUAUGAGAAGACGAAGAAGAGCUUGGGGAGAGCUUGCUUAAUAGGUAUUGGUGCACUAACGGCUGGGUGGUUCUGUGGUUCGCUGAUCAUUCCCAUGAUUCCGACGGUUUUCAUUAACCCGACAUGGACACUGGAGCUCCUAACAUCACUGGUUGCUUAUGCGUUUUUGUUUGUUUCUUGUACUUUCCUCAAGUAA